GGUUUGGUUAGUUUCCCAUUUAUUUUCAAAUGAAUAAUGCAAAAUCGUUUGUGCCCCGCCAUGCCCGUUUUCAGAUUUCAGUCCAUGCUUGUUUUUCUAAGAGGAUUGUUGUGAAUGUUGGUGAAUUGCAACGAUGACUGUUCGAACAGAAAAUGAUGAUAACAACUCACAGGAUGUGCCCCAAGAAAUGGAGACUGCCAAUGAAGACGUUGAAGCGAAUUCCUACGACAGUUUCCACAAAACAAUUGAUGAAAUUCUGUCCAAAAAAUCCUUUCUGGCAGUGGAUUACGACAUAAUAAAGGAAAUAGCUCAACAAAAUCCCCUCGCGAUUGAAGGUAAACUCCACGAAAUCUUCAAAAAAAUUUUACUUGAUGAAAAAAAUGCUGAGCCCGAGAGGAAUUCAUACGAGGAAUUGAUGAGUGCAAUUAUCGAUGCUUGCAUACGCUUGAAGAGACUUCCAAAAAUUGUUUCAUGGAUUUUAAUGGCCUUAAAGGAGCGUCUGACGAACAGAAAAUUCCUUGGAAAACUCAGUAAAAAGAAGAUCUUCAUUUUACCUCAACAAUUUACUGAACGAUUUUCAGCGUCAAUCGCGAAUUUGACGAAUUCUCAGGUCGGAAAUGUCCUUACUAGUCUCAUUUAUCAUUUUGACUCAUUGUUAGUGAAUUCGAUGGAAGAGAAAAUGAAAGAAUCACUUGCAAUGCCUUUUGAAGCACUCGUUAUAUUCUCGGAAGUUAUAGGACAAAUAACCGCAGCUUUUUUAGAAGGCGUUGAUCUGUUUGGUGCUACUCGGCAAUUGGUGGCAAAGCAGAAGUUCGUCAAGGGACUGAAGAACUUGGGGGAGACAGUGUCCAAGUUGAUGACAUUUUUACAAUCAGAGAGUGAAGAUGAUGGGCAUCAAAUGGUUAGUUUAAACCUAUGGAAAAUUCUUGAAGUUUGGAUAACAGUUGUUGCAUUUGUCAAUCAUCAUGCCCCUGAUGCUAUUGUUGCAAACGAUUGGGAUGAUAUUUUACAUCGCAUCGCUGAUAUGAAAGAUUCCAAUAAGUUUGAGGGGUAUGGACACAUCGAAAAAGGUACGAUUUAUUCGAAUAUUAAGGAGAAUAUUCAACAAAUUCAGUCUACGUGGAAGUCAUGCACAGAUCAGGACGUUGAACACAAGAAUAACGAAGAUCCUGACCUGGAACAGUUCUGGAAUGUUCUAGUGGACAAAUAUCCAAAAGCUAUUCAUCGAUUGAGUGAUGAAAGCAUUUGUCACUUGGCUAAGCUCCUGAUAGAGAAUUUGAAUGAAGUCACUGAAGUAUUGGUCAUCGAUUCGAUUCAGAAUAAUGAAAACCUGAUGGCAGCACUUAUUUUUGAAAUUUUUAGAAAAAUUCACGCUAUUUUAGAGAACACAGGGUCUACAACUGAGGGAUUACUCGGUGCAAUUAAUAAAAUGAAUUGGUGGAAGAAUGGGGAGCGCCAUAAACUGAAAAUACUUAAAUCAUUGAGAACAUUAUUAACAUCAACCGAGUGGACGACUCUGAAGCACAAAAAAGUCGCACCUGAUAUAAUACCAUAUUUGAAAGUUUUAUUGCGUUUGCCGCUAAUGUACUGUUCCACGGAUCUCAAGACAGUCGUCUUCCUGAUGAUCUUAUCCCUGAGGAAAGAAACAUCUGAUGACGUUAUCGUGGCCAGUCUCUGUGAAGAAAUUCUUUCCACAACUCUAGAGCGUUACAAGGGUGAUCUUCUUGGGUACAUUCAGCCGGAAAUUCUCAUUCAAGAAUUAUCAGAAUGCCAACAUUUGCUUUCAACAGUCAUCGAACGUUCGUUAAUUAACCCCAGUAAUUAUGAACUUCUCAAACAGGCAUUAAAAUCUAACAUAGAAAAUAAAAAUAUACCAGUAAUUAUGUUGGAGUGCAUCGACAAAAUGAAAGUGAAAAAUCGAGAAGACAAGGAGCUUCUCAAAUUUGAAAAGAAAUUGGUGAAAAAAAUUUUAUUGGAUGUCAAUGAGGUGUCUCUGAACAUAAACCAACUGAAGGCACUGACAGCCGCUCUCAAAAUCGCAGUGGCACUGAAAAAAGUUAACGACGAUCUCAUGAAUAAAAUACGAGUAACUUUGGAGAUCUUAAUUGGAAAAACUGAUACUGUGACCGAUAUCAAUAGUAUUGAAUUUACAAAAGAAAGUUAUAAUUUCAUUAAAGUUGUGCUUCAGUGUAGAGACAAAGGGGUAUCAAUAGAUCGACCGACAAUGAGAAAUAUUUGGAAACUUGUAAUGACGAAAUCUUCGUCAGAUAUCGUUCUGAUAUUAAUCGAAGCCAGCGAUGCGAAAACUCUGACUCACGUUUUGAAUUUACUGAGGAAAAAUACUUUGAAGGCGUUAGAAAAGAAUGACGAAAAAUCUCUGGAAAAUUUGUCGAUUAUUUGGAACGUCUUAGCGGAGGUGAAGAUGGACACAAGUCGAGAGAAAAUUCGUCAGUUGUCACUUCAAGGGCUGAUGCAAUCAAUGAGAUCAGUAAAAGCUCUGAAUGAUAACGUGAUGUUGAACACAAUGAAAUUGUUCGUUACCGUCAUGAGCUCAAAACGAAUGGCAGUAACAGACAAAACCAUUGAUUUGAUCAUAGCUAUUGUCAAUAGCUUUCUGAAUUCAUCUGCUACUUUGGCUGUUGCUCAACGGACUCUGGACUUGUGCAGUUCGUGCUUGAAGUUUCGACCUGGAAUAGCUGUUGACUAUUUGUCGAUUAUUCUGCGGUUGUAUUUGAGGGCCCUAAAAAUUACUGUUGAAGUAGCCAAAAAGAGUUCCGCUGAAGAGCAUCUUCAGUGUCUGAUUAUGCUGGAGAUACAGAAGUUGGCCAGUGCCUUUGUUAAAAUGAAGACACACACAGCAAAACUCAGUCCAUAUAUCAUUGCGGAUAUGGUCGCACUUUCUUAUGGGGGAGGAGUCGUACCUAAUUACAUUAAGGAACCGCUGGAUGAUUCUAUCAGUCAAUUUUUGGGAAUUUGCGACCCACACGCCAUUUCUUUGCUCUUCAGAGUGCUCUCACCGUCGAUGCAAGAGAUAUUUAAAAAUAUAUAUGAUAAUUAUAUUAAAUUUCACAAAUUUAGUGGUAAAGUUUAACGACUGUUUUGUACAACUGAAGAUCUUUAAUAUACUGAUGGAACUUAACGUUUUUAAUUUAUCUUGGGUGCACAUUCUUUCGUAUCAAAAUAUAAUUCCAUCGUUUCAAUGUUUUAAUUGUUCAUUCUUUUAGUGGGUUCCCAAGAGCGCUUAGAUAAUGAAAUAUUCCGUUGAAAAUCAGACAUCAUUCCAUUAAAAAUAUCGAUGUCAUUGGUAUUGCCGAUUAUAAAUUGUCAGACAAACGAAAAGCGGUACAUUCAACUAACUGUUAACAUUUAAUAAAAUAUUCAGGGAAUACGAACCAACAUACGAUAGAUUCGAGCACUCGUUUGAUUGAAACAUGAGGUUCAUCUUUGGAGCCCUCAGAAUCAACGAUUGAAGCGUACAGUUUAAUCACACUGUCCUCUAAAAGCGCUGGCAUAAUUCGUAACAUCAAUAAAUUAUUCCGUAGAUAUUAUUGAACGAAACCGAGUGGUUGAGUUAAAAAAUAAUCGUUCCAUUUUAUUAAAUUUUUCUCUUACUCU